UAGAGUAAAAGGGACCGUUGCGGAGCCAAGGAAAUAGAUCAAAAAAAUUGAAGAAAAACAAAAAGCAACAAUGGCGAUUAUUUGAAGAAAGAGCUUAAGAUUCUCUAACAACUUUCUCGACCAUUUUUCCGAAGAAUUGAAGAUCUUAGAAGUUGCAACGAUCCCAGUAUUUCUCCCUCCUCCUGGUACGCGGUUUGACUUCGACUUUGUAUUUUUUAAUUUUGUAUGUUCAUAGAAUGUUAAGAGAAGAAAACGCGUCGGAAAAUGGUGGUUAUGGAGUUGUGAACUCGGAAAUUAGGGUUUCAAAGCUGGAUUCAGGUGAAAAUAUUGCGAAGCCGUAUCAUAAAAUUGGGUUUUCGGGUAAUGAGUUGAAUUUUGGUGGAGAAUCAGGUGAAGGUUCCCAAUUAAAAACACCAGAUUCAGGUCAAAAUCAUGGUGAUGAGGUUCGAUUUUCAGGGAAUCGUCUCGAUUUUGUUAGAGAGUCUGUGGUGGAUCUUGGUGAGUUUGAGUCAAAGUCUGAUAAGUCUGGGUCUCAGGAGCUAACAUUUAGCUACCUUAGCGAUAACCCAAAAUCGGGGGUUUUCCUUGAGAAUCAAUAUGCAGGAAAGGGUUUAUCUAAUUUGAAAGGGAAAGGGGUGGUUUUGGAGAAAUGGGUAGAGAGGGAUUUUCUGCAGUUAAGCAACAGUGAAGGAGGUACGUCUAAACGAGAAGCCGAGGAGGACGAGAAGAGGGAGGGAGAUGGAAGGAAGAAGCCUAAGCUUGAGACACAGACACUUGACUUGUCUCUAGCACUGCCUGAUGUUUCUCUUUCUCUAUCUGCAUCAUAUGCUGCUGCACAACCGAACUGUGAUGCUGCAGUUCAGCCUAAGCCGUGUAGGAGUGUGCAAUCUUUGUCACUUUCGAACAAUAAUAACAAUAAUAAUAAUAAUAAUAAUAUACAAGUAACAUGCUCGGAUGAUUUUACUGCUGCUUCGUUAUCGUACUCUUACUCUCAGCCACAUUCGCAUAACCCCAGUUGCUCAUUGACUCGGAAUUCUACUGAAUAUUAUGAGAAUUCCUUGGGUAGUCGCAAGACUGAUCAAAUUUGGAAUUGUGGUGAGGGGACUAAUGGAUCUGUUCAUAGUCGUUUUAAACCAAUUGGGGAUGGGGUCUCUUUAUCAAACCAUGGUAUUGGUGUAGCUUAUACUCUGUUAAACAGAUCUCAUACCUUCAAUAGGGAUCCAGGUAACAGUCUGUACAGAGCUGCUGCCUCAGAUAGCAGUUCAUUCUUUCCCUCAGAGUUGCCUGCCAAGCCAAGAACAGAUUUGUGCUCUGUUGACUCCAUGAGUAGUAAAUCUUUGGAUCAACUAAAGGGGUUGGAGAGUUUGGAGGAUAUGAGAGGACAAAAGCUUUCUAGAGGAGAAAGGAUUGUUCGUGAUGUCAUUACAGAGCCUAUUCCUGUUAUAUCACAAUUAUCUCGUGAUCUUCCCGUUGAAGCUAUUGAAUCAGCUACGGAGUACUUGAACUAUUUAAUGGCAGCACCUGAAAGAAAAGAUGAGUUAGUGUAUCUGCAAAAUAUGCUUGAAAGAAGGUCAGACCUUACAGGGGAAACUCUUUCCAAGUCCGACAGAUUUCAGUUGGAGAUCCUGAUUGCAGUGAAGUUCGGGCUUAAUGAGUUUGUUUCAGGGAAAUUACGUCUCCCAGCCAGUGAAUUGGCUGAGAUUUUCUUGUAUCAGAGAUGUAGAAAUGUAAACUGUAAAUCCUCAUUGCCUGUAGAUGACUGUGACUGUAAGAUUUGCUCAACAAACAAGGGAUUUUGCAGUCAGUGUAUGUGUCCUGUGUGUUAUAACUACGAUUGUGCCAACAAUACAUGUACUUGGGUUGGAUGUGACGCAUGCUCUCAUUGGUGUCAUGCUGCUUGCGGCGCUGAGAAGAAUUUAAUAAGACCUGGCCCUAGCUUGAAGGGGUCUUUUGGCACAACUGAGAUGCAAUUCUAUUGUGUUGGAUGUGGUCAUGCUUCAGAAAUGUUUGGAUUUGUCAAAGAUGUAUUUAUUUGUUGUGCUAAAGACUGGGGUCUACAAACACUGAUAAAGGAGCUUGAUUGUGUCAGAAGGAUUUUUAAAGGAAGUGAAGAUCUAAAAGGCAAAGAGCUGUAUCUAAAGGCGGCUGAGUUAAUCACUAGGCUUGAUAGAAGGGCUAUAUCUCCAUCAGAUGCCUGCAGUGUCAUUAUUCACUUUUUCACUACCAAGUCUGACAAGGACACGUCAGAAUUUGCUGCUACUGGUGUUGGGGCAAAAGACCGCACAUACAGUGAAGGGCGUCGCGUAGAUGAUGUAUUCCCUCUCCAAUCCUCCAACUUGGCUCCAAAGUCUAACUUACUCAACUCUGCCACCACGCUGCAGGGUUUGUGUUCUUAUGAUUUCCAUCAAAACAGUCCAAAACCUCAUUAUUUAUCAAGUGAUAGAUACCUGGCAGUAGAGUUGUCUAGGAAAUCAAACAAGGAUGGAUUUGACAGCUUAGAAAGUAUCAUCCGGUUGAAGGAAUCAGAAGCCACAAUUUUCCAGAAUCGAGCAGAUGAAGCACGAAAAGAGGUGGAAACAUAUCGGCAGUUGGUGGAGGCAAAAACAAAGAAGCUGGAAGAAGAGUACACUGGUAAGCUUGCAAAAUUGUGCUUGCAAGAGACUGAAGAAAGAAGAAGAAACAAGUUAGAGGAACUGAGGAUAGUCGAGAAUACAAACUCUGAUUACUACAAGAUGAAGAUUAAAAUGCAGGCUGAAAUUAGCGGCUUAGUUGAAAGAAUGGAGGCCACUAAACAGCUGUGGGUCUAACCAUCCUUCUAAUUUACAUUCGUGUGUUACUUCUUUUCAUGUUUUUACUAGUGGUGAAUGGUGAUGGUGAUGGUGAUGGUGAUGGUGAUGGUGAUGGUGAUGGUGAUUAGAAUUUUAUUUUAUGUGAUUAUUUGGACAAAAUCAUUUGUUUCCAGACAGUCAUUUCAAGUGAGUGAUUAAUUGGUUGAGGUCUAAA